GAUUCUGAAGACAGCUCAGCCAUCAUGGCUCAUGCUACUAUUUAUGUGAGGUUUACUGUUCCUCAAUUACUGAGAGGUGCUAGAGGAAUUUUUCCCACUCCUUCUGCUCUGGUGGUGUUGAGGCACUCUGCUUUUUGUUACUGCACAGUGAACAGCACAAUAAAAUCAAAAAGGAAAAUGGAUCAUCUAGAGAGGACAGCAAAUAAUUUUCGCCAGGAGGUAAUUUCACAGGCAAAAGUGUGUGGAAUCACCAAUGAAUCCGAGACAGUCAAAAGACUUCGUCUGGCUAUUGCAGAUAAAGAUUUUACUUUCAAAGCAGGACAGUGGGUCGAUUUCUUUAUUCCUGGACUAUCUGUAGUUGGGGGAUUCUCAAUAUGUUCAAGCCCUGGCCUGCUGGAACGAGAAGGAGUAUUAGAGCUGGCAGUGAAACACACUGAUCAUCCUCCUGCUCACUGGAUUCACACAAAGUGUGCUCUUGACUCAGAAGUGGCUCUUCGAGUGGGAGGUGAUUUCUUCUUUGAUCCUCAGCCUGGUGACUCCCCUGUAAAACUAGUGCUGAUAGCAGGGGGUGUUGGAAUUAACCCAUUGUUUUCUAUACUGCUGCAUAUAGCAGAUCUUCAUGGAUACCAAGAAGGUAAAGGAAAUGGAUACAAAAUGGGAACAGUGAAGCUGUACUACAGUGCAAAAAAGACAAGUGAACUCUUAUUUAAGAAGAACAUUCUUGGGUUGAUGAAUGCCUUCCCUGGGAAGAUCACUUGUCGUUUCCACAUCACCCAGCAGAGUUCACAGAUCUGUAAAGAGCUUCAGCCACAUGUUACAGAGGGAAGAAUAUCUGAAAAGGAUCUAGAAAAACAUGUGUCUAAGGAUACUUUAUGGUACAUCUGCGGUCCACCUCCAAUGAUAGAGUCUAUAUCCAAACUGCUCUCCAGCAUUGGUGUUCCUAGAGACUGUGUUUUCUUUGAGAAGUGGUGGUAGUGGCACCUGCUGAACAGAAGAGACAGGUUUUGUUUCCAGUGCAUUAUUUUGAUAAGCUAAAGUGUACAGAAAUGGACUAUGAAUUAUUUGAAGAUAUUUAGAUGAGGACACCUUCAGUCACGAUGGUGUUCCUUUAAUUUAACUGUAAUGCACCCUUAAUACAGUGCUGCUGCUUUUGGUGUGGGGGGAAGUGAUUUUAUAUUAAAGAGAUUAACUGCUCUGAUUUUUUGAUGGUUUGCUUGUUUCACUUUAUACCCUUGCUUUGUUACUCAACUUUUAAAAGACUUUCAGUGCCUGAUUCAGCAGUUAUAGAGAACUAGUGGUGCAGCAAUGCCAGGCCAGUUUAUAAUUGAUAAUAAUCCAGGCCACAACUUCUGAAUCUGCUCUAAAUUAGUGUGUGCUGAUGAGUCCACAGACUGCCUUCCCC